AUGGCUCAUUUCAUUCCAUGCAAGAAAACAAUGGAUGCUUCCUAUAUAGCCAUUUUUGGGAGCUCCCAUUUUUGGAGGCAUUUGUGGAAGAGAAUUGGUACUAAUUUGCCUUAUAGUAGUGCCUACCACCCUCAAACGGAUGGGCAAAUUGGGGUUGUGAAUAGAACAUUGGGCAAUUUACUUAGGAGUUUGUCCGCGAAGAAGCCAAAACAAUGGGAUUCAGUACUUCCUCAAGCAGAAUUUGCCUGCAACUCGAGUGUAAAUUGUUCUACAAGAAAGACUCCAUUUGAGGUUGUGUGUGGGAAAACUCCAGGCCACUAUCUCGAUCUUGUUCCCAUUUCUAAUCCUACAAUAACCCGCAAGAAAUCAGAAGAUUUUGUUGUUUCAAUGGCAAUGGUUCAUGAGGAUGUGAAGAAGAAACUCGAGGAAAGCAAUGAGAAGUACAGCGAAGCUGCCAAUGCUCAUCGACGUGUGAAGAUAUUUCGUGAACGUGAUCUUGAAAAGAAAAUUGGUCCAUGUCGAAUUUUGGAGAAGAUCAAUGACAAUGCUUACAAAAUUGAGUUGCCUUCGAGUAUCCGUACCCAUCCUACUUUUAAUGUGCAAGACUUGUCUGAAUAUCUUGGCGAAUUCAAUUCAAACUCGAGGGCGAGUUUCUUCUCACAGGGGGAGUAUGAUGCAGUGCACUAA